AUGAGCUGCAGCAGAACCAGAAGAAAGACUAAUCUUUUUUUCAGUUCAUUUUUACUUUUUCUUCUGUUCCUCAUGGUUCCUGCUCUUGGCCUCAACUUAGAUGGAAGUCUUUUGCUUUCUUUCAAGUACUCUAUUCUAAGUGACCCUUUAUCAGUUCUUGACAAUUGGGACUACAAUGAUGUUACACCAUGUUUAUGGACUGGUGUAACUUGUGCUCAAGUUGAAACCUUGACCAGUGCCCCAGAUAUGUUUCGAGUCAUUAGCCUAGUACUCCCAAACUCCAAACUCCUUGGAACAAUCCCAGAAGAUUUAGGAUUCAUUCAACAUCUCCAGACAAUUGAUCUUUCCAACAAUUUCUUGAAUGGAACUCUCCCGAGAUCAGUUUUCAAUGCUUCAGAACUUAAGGUUCUUUCUCUGUCCAACAAUUCAAUUUCUGGUGGACUUCAAGAAUUCACUGUAAGAGGUAACAAUCUGAAGGUUCUUAAUCUCUCCGAAAAUGCAUUGGCCGGAAAUAUUCCGAAGAGUUUAACUUCUUUGCAGAAUCUGACAGUGGUUUCUUUGAGAAGUAACUAUUUUUCAGGCCUGAUUCCAGGGGGAGUUCGGUAUAUUGAAGUCCUGGAUUUUUCUUCCAAUUUGUUUAAUGGAUCAUUGCCUGUUGAAUUUGGUGGGGAAAAUUUGAGAUACUUGAAUCUUUCUUUCAACAAGCUUUCUGGAUUAUUACCUUCAGAUUUUGCGAAAAAAAUCCCGGCAAACGCGACUAUGGAUCUUUCUUUCAAUAGCUUGACAGGAGAAAUCCCGGAAUCAAUGGCCCUGUUUAACCAGAAAACUGAUUCUUAUGCAGGAAAUAUAGAUCUCUGUGGGAAGCCACUCAAAAAGAUUUGUACAAUUCCCUCAACACUGUCGAAUCCACCCAAUGUUUCUACGAACACUUCUGCUCCUGCAAUUGCAGCCAUACCAAAAACAAUCGGCUCGACCCCCCUGCCAAAUUCUCCUGGAACAACUUCAAAUGUAGCUCAGGAUCCACCACAACAUGGAUUAAAACCUGGAGUAAUAGCAGGAAUUGCGGUUGGCGACUUAGCCUGUAUUGGAGUUCUUGCAAUAGUCCUCCUUUAUGUGUAUAAAUUGAAGAAGAUAAAGGCAGAAUCUGCAGAUAAAAAUACUCCAGUAGUCAGUGUACAUCAGUUCAAGAAAAAUUCAGAACCACCAGUAGAGAAAGAAGCACGAAAUAUUUCAACUUGGUCGUGCCUAAGUAUCCAGAAUGGCGAAGAAACAUCGGAAGCCACAGGAUCAGACAGUGGUGACUACAAUGACAGGCAUAGCCAUGCCAUUGAUGAUCAAGUAGAUAAUGAAAAGCAGCAGACUGAGAAAAACAAGAAUCAGAGGUCCCUUGUGAUGGUUGAUGGGGAGACGGAACUUGAACUCGAGACACUGUUAAAAGCUUCGGCUUAUAUACUAGGAUCUAGUAGUGCUAGUAUAGUAUACAAAGCUGUGCUUCAAGAUGGAACAUCAUUUGCUGUUAGGAGAAUCGGAGACAGUGGAGUCGAAAAACUUAAGGAAUUCGAGAAUCAAGUUAAGAUCAUUGCGAAGUUACGUCAUCCCAAUUUAGUUCCUGUAAGAGGGUUCUACUGGGGAGAUGUUGAAAAGCUUGUAAUCUAUGACUAUGUCUCCAGUCGAAGCUUGGCCAAUGUUGGUUUCAGAAAAGCCGGUUCGUCUCCAUAUCAUUUGCCUUUCGAAGUCCGUCUUAGGAUUGCGAAAGGAGUUGCCAGGGGACUGACUUACAUCCAUGAGAAGAAACAUGUACAUGGCAAUAUCAAGCCUAGCAACAUUCUGUUGACAGCAGAAAUGGAGCCUGUGAUCAGUGAUUUAGGACUCCAUUGGCUUAUAUAUGGCAAGCAUAGCCACAAAUCAGACAGUUCUACUGGGCAUUACGGUAGCAAGAGAUCAACAUCUUCACACGAUAACGUACAUGAUCAUCAGUCGGUUAAUGGAAGCCCCUACAUUGCUCCUGUAGGCUUUGUUGGGUGCACGUCCCCAUAUCAUGCACCGGAGUCACUCAAAAACCUCAAGCCUAAUCCCAAGUGGGAUGUUUAUUCCUUUGGAAUUUUGUUGCUUGAGCUUAUAACAGGAAAAGUAUUUUCCGACCGAGAGUUGAGCCAAUGGACCACCGAUUUGGUUGUCCAUGAUCCAACCCGGGUUUUAAGGAUGGCUAACAUGGCAAUAAGGGGUGAUGUAGCAAUCCGAGAGGAAGUCACGUUAUCGUGGUUUAAGCUCGGGUUUUCUUGUGCUUCAUUGAUUCCACAGAAAAGACCUUCCAUGAAAGAUGCAUUACAUGUCCUAGAAAAAAUGACAUAA